ACUGUUUCAUUCCCGGCUUAAGAAGAAUGAAUUAUGGUAUAUUUCACACCGGGUUCUUUAAAUACUUAUGUCCGCACAUUGCACAUUGACGUUAAAGGUAUUAUUGGGCAAUCGUUGAAGACAGGAAAAAAUGAUCGUUUCAUCGUUUGUAUUGGCAAUCAGCGCCAUUUUGACCAUCUCACACCGAUCUGUAGGGUUCAAAGAUCAAAAUACAUAUGAAUUCGGAAAUGACUGCCUUUCGUUUACUGAAGAUCUUAAGGAGGAUGACAAAAGAUACGUUAGGUACAAUGGAAAAGAUGUAGAUUCCUACUGCGAUUACUUCAGAUUUAGAGGAAGAGGUGAUGACACUUCAGACAAGUAUUCAGUCUGUGUGACUCCGCUUUAUUUCAACGACUCUGACUGUGCAGUCGAAAUCCAGAUCAAAACAUCUCUCAGCGGUGUCACUGAAAACAAAAUAACAUGUGAUAGAAACCAAAGCGAUAAAUAUUGCGGACCUAAAGAAGAAGCACUGUACAUAGUUUUUAAUGACCGUGAUGGCAGACCAACAUCCGGUGCCAGUUUUAAUCUGUGGAUCACUGUUAAAAGGAAAUCUGACUAUAACAGAAACAAAGGGUCAAUGUUUGGUGGUGGCAUGUGGAUUAUCAUUGGUGCAGGUGUCCUCGGUUUGGUCACUGUUUGUAUCAUCAUUGUCUGCUGGCGAGUGUUUAGACAGGUUUCCUGUCCGAAUUCUAAAAAAAGAUCUGCUAGUAGACACAAGGAACCACAAAUAGAAAUCGAACUAGCUAUGCUGUAGAGAAAGAUGAUGUCCUAUGCCAUCCCAGAUUUCGAUCUCUUAUUGUGCUCAUCCAAUGGGAUCGAUAAAGAGUUACAAAGACAAAGACAACGUGAAAGCAGAAGUUUGAUGCACCACCAAGUGAAAAAAAAACCCGAAGAACAAAAAACGAAACAAUACAAAGAUGACGUCGUUGAUGUGAAGGAAACAACAUGUUAAAAAGACAACCGAAGAAGCAUUUAGCGGCCAUCUUCGUUCUUUCACACAAAUGUUCAUGGAUUAAUUUACGGACUUUGAUUUGUAUGGAAUUUUAUUAAAAUAAAACUAUUUUUCUAUGUACGAUCAAGAUUACAGCCUAAUAUGCCAUUGACAUGGUUUUUAAAAUGAUAUGAGACCAAAAAACCAAUCGUAAUUUAUCUCAGCAAAUAGCAUGCUAAAAAAUGUUCACCGUUAAUUGUUUUCUUUGCACUUUGCUUUACAUGUAGCUGUGUGUUUUAAAUUUGUUUUUUAAAUUACCUCAAACGAAGCGGUAUUAAAGCAAGCUGUUACAUGUAAUAUGAUGCAAAAACGAAAAUAAAGCAUUAUCCCUCUUCCACAAACAGAUUAUAAAUACAUAACGCGACCGAAUAGUCAACAUUUUAUUCAAGAAUUUUUCAUCCCUAAAUUGUUUUCUGCUAUACAAAAAACAUCCUUUUA